CGGUCUGUUAUUGUCUGACGUCACUCUGCCUCGGGUUCAUUUGACUUCAAAUUUUAUCUUCGUGGUGGUUUGCACUUUGAAAAUAAUUUCGCCAAAUUACGAGUUUUUAUUAGGCCAAUCAUGGCUGAUGAAAAAGAGAACGUUAUACUGAGGGAGCCAGCUAUGGAGUGUCCGGCGCCAAGUGCCUAAUAGCAUCCACAAGUGCUCAGCGGAUCCGCUGUGCCUAGUAGCAUCCAUCGGCGCCGAGCACCUAGUAGCAUCCGCGGCUCUGAGCUCUCAGUAUUACAUGAAGGGCAACAUAGCCGAAGGCGUAGGCGACAGUCAUCAAUUUUGAAAGACUCCCCUAGCCGAAUGCCUCUGGAAAAUCUGACUGCAAAACAGCAGCGUAGAUCACUGAAGAGGGUGUCAUUUGCUGAUACAAAGACAAUAAAGGAAUUUCUGGCCCUAGCAGGAAGUGCUACAGAGUGGAAUAGUACGUACGAAGCUACUGCAUCAUGUGACUCUUCCAACUCUAUAGUUAUGGCCAAUAUCGGAGAUAAAUCAAACAGCUCAAGUAUAAAUAUGCUUGAAGAUGAGCCAGUAGUGAACUCUGUGCCAGCAGCAGGGGCAGAAAAGAGGGAAACUGAUGAUGAGUCCAGUGCUGAUGAGAACCUUGACACAUGUGCUUCAGGUGAUGACCCAGAUAAUGUACCACCUUCAAAUGACAGCUUCUUGACAAGUUUUUUAAAUGUGACAUUUUCUGAUAGUGCACAAGAUAAUGCCAAGAAAUCUGUAAAGGUAGAUAAUUAUGGUAAUCAAAAAGUUGCUGCUCAAUCUGGAAGGUUUCUCACAUCUUCUAGUGAUGAUAGUUUUAUGGAUGCAUUGUUUCAUGAUGAAAUGGCUCAGAAGAUGAUAUCAGAAAUGAAAAUGUCUUGCAUGGGAGCAACUUUUACUGAACAAACAAAGACCACUCCAUGUGUAAAAACAGAUCAAAUAUCAGAAAAGGUUGAUCUGAAUCAAGAAGAAAAUGCUGACAACAAAAUUAUUGGCCAUACUAGACAAACAGUGAUAGAGGGUAAUCUGACGCAGGGCACAUGCAAUGACAUGGAAAUGACCUUUGCAGUCAGCCAAUGUGUUGGGUUGAAUCCAGUUGAUGGAAAUGAAAUGGUGAAUGACCUGACUGAGAAAGUAAGUGCUAACAUGGAUAUUACUUUCCCUGAUAAUCCAGUGGCAACAUUGCACAAAAGUAAAAUGACUGAAAUGGAAAAUCAACUCUAUCAAAAUCAAGAGGACCUUACUAAGAGGAUAAAAACAGACAUGGAAAUGACCUGUGCAGCUGGUCAGAUGAGUACUGUUUACAAAGGUGAUGUGAAGUUGAACCGGGAUUGUACACAGAGAAUAACUGCUGAUAUGGAAAUGACAUGUACAACUCUUCAAACUUCAAGGCAGCAUGAAAGGCUUAUGUCUCAAAAGACUACUUUAAAUCAAGAAGCCUCGACUCAGAGAAUAACCACAGAUAUGGAAAUAACUUGUCCUGCCAGCGAGAUGGCUACUCACUCAAAAUGUGUAGUAACUCAAAAGCAAAAUGUAGAUAAGAAAAUGACAUCCAACACAGGAGCAGUGAAUCAAGAAAUAACUCAGAAGUUAACUGCAGAUAUGGAAAUGACAUACCCGGCAAUCCAAAGUGCUAAUUGGCACGCACGUGACAGAUCGCAAACAAUGAAUAUAAUAACUUUAACACGGGAAGAUUUAACUCAGAAAGUAACUACAGAUAUGGAAAUGACUCUUCCAGCUUCCCAAAUGAACAUCCAACCAAAAAUUGUCAUGAAUAAAAUACCUGAUAGCGAUGAGGUAACCUGUCACACAAUAGUUUUGAAUCGAGAGGACUUAACUCAGAAAGUAACUGUAGAUAUGGAAAUGACUUGCCCACUUUCUCAAAUGAACACCCAACCAAAAAAUAUCCCCUGUCUAAAGCCAAGGGAUGAUAUGGAGAUAACAUGCUGCGCAUUAACUGUAAAUCGAGAGGACCUAACUCAGAAAGUAACUUCAGAUAUGGAAAUGACUUAUCCAGCCUCUUCAAUACAGCCAAAAACUGUUAUGAAUAAGAAAAUUGAUAGAGAUGAGGUAACCUGCCACACAAUAGUAUUGAAUCGAGAGGACCUAACUCAGAAAGCAACUGCAGAUAUGGAAAUGACUUGUCCAGUUUCUCAGAUUAAUACUCAACCAAAAAAUGUCCUACAUCAAAAGCCAAGUGAAGAUAUGGAGAUAACAUGCCACACAGUAACUGUGAAUCGAGAGGACCUAACUCAGAAAGUAACUUCAGAUAUGGAAAUGACUUAUCCAGCCUCUUCAAUACAGCCAAAAACUGUUAUGAAUAAGAAAAUUGAUAGAGAUGAGGUAACCUGCCACACAAUAGUUUUGAAUCGAGAGGACCUAACUCAGAAAGCAACUGCAGAUAUGGGAAUGACUUGUCCAGUUUCUCAGAUUAAUACUCAACCAAAAAAUGUCCUACAUCAAAAGCCAAGGGAUGAUAUGGAGAUAACAUGCUGCGCAUUAACUGUAAAUCGAGAGGACCUAACUCAGAAAGUAACUUCAGAUAUGGAAAUGACUUGUCCAGCCUCUUCAAUACAGCCAAAAACUGUUAUGAAUAAAAAACUUGAUAGAGAUGAGGUAACCUGCCACACAAUAGUUUUGAAUCGAGAGGACCUAACUCAGAAAGUAACAUCAGAUAUGGAAAUGACUUGUCCAGUUUCUCGGAUUAAUACUCAACCAAAAAAUGUCCUACAUCAAAGGCCAAGCGAAGAUAUGGAGAUAACAUGCCACACAAUAACUGUGAAUCGAGAGGACCUAACUCAGAAAGUAACUUCAGAUAUGGAAAUGACUUGUCCAGCCUCUUCAAUACAGCCAAAAACUGUCAUGAAUAAAAAACCUCAUAGAGAUGAGGUAACCUGCCGCACAAUAGUUUUGAAUCGAGAGGACCUAACUCAAAAAGUAACAUCAAAUAUGGAAAUGACUUGUCCAGCCUCCUCAAUGCAGUCAGAAACUGUCUUGAAUAAAAAACCUGAUAGAGAUGAAGUAACCUGCAAUCGAGAGGACCUAACUCAGAAAGUAACAUCAGAUAUGGAAAUAACUUGUCCAGUUUCUCAGAUGAAUACCCAACCAAAAUAUUUCCCCCAUCAAAAACCAUGUGAUGAUAUGGAGAUAACGUGCCAUAAAGUGACUGUAAACCAAGAGGACCUAACUCAGAAAGUAACUUCAGAUAUGGAAAUGACUUAUCCAGCUGCUCAAAUGAAUACCCAGCCAAAAUGUGUCAUAAAUCAAAAGCCAAGAGCAAACAAAGAGGUAACCUGCCACACAAUAUCUUUGAAUCGAGAGGACGUAACCCAAAAAUUAAAUGCAGAUAUGGAAAUGACUUGUCCAGUGUCUCAGAUGAAUACCCAACCAAAAAAUUUCCCCCCUCAAAAGCCAAGUGAAACUGUGAAUCAAGGGGACCUAACUCAGAAAGGAAUUGCAGAUAUGGAAGGUACUUGUCCAAAUAUUCAAAUGAAUAUCCAGCCACAAGUGGCCUGCCUCAUAAAAACUGUGGCUCAGGAUGACCUAACUCAAAAACUAAAUGCAGAUUUGGAAUUCACUUGUCAAACAAUUCAGACAGGUUCUCUAAAUAGCAGUGGUAUGACUCAGAAGAUGAGUAUGAUAACUUUAAAUAAAACGGACCAAACUGAUAGAGUACCAGCUGAUUUGCAAGUAACUUGCCCAAAUGUUCUGAGUUGUACUUUGCUGAAAGGGAACACAACACAAAAACCAAAUCUGUCAAUGGAAAUGACUUGUCCAGUUAUUCAGACGAAUGAACCUACUCGGCCUAUCUCUAAUGCUGGAAUGACUUGUAAUAUAUCUCAGAUUAAGGAAAAACCAAACAUGACUGAGCAAGAGGAUCACAAUAGGGAUAUCAGUAUAAAUAAAGAAAUAACUUCAAGUAAGUUGCAAGAGGUGAGGCAAAGUGAUUUGGUUCAGGGUGAAAAUACAGAGAGAUUAUAUCUGGGAAAUAGGUUGCCAGAAGUACCUCAGCUUGACAAGAUGUAUUCUUCAUCAGUUACACUAGAUGGUUCCCAGGUUGCAGAACCAGUAAAGCCCAAUAAUGAAACAUCAUCAGCAUUGAUAAAUGAAAAGAUUACACCUAAAGGCAGUUUAGUUGUAGGAGCACAGGAAAAUAAUCUUUGUGUUGGAUCUGACUCAGAGUCUAUCAAGUUAACUGGAGAAGAAAGAGAUAUUGGUGAAAAUUAUGCCACUAAUCUGGCUGAAGUUAGUGAAAGUAUGCAUCACAGUAUCACAGGAUCUUCUAAGACAGUUGGUGAAAAAGCAAGGGAUUGUUUUAAGAGCAAUACAUCUCCUGCCAGUGAGAUAUUGGACUUGUUAAGCAGAAAUGAAGUCCCUCGAAGAAAGAGUUUGUGUUUUGGAUUAUCAGAUUCUUUAGGUUUUGUUGGUCCUGUAAAUAAUAAAAGAAGUAUGAACCCUGUAGCACAAGAAAAGGGACAGAUCAAUGUUUCUAGAAGAAAAUCUGUCCUUGUUGUGUCACCCAGUGAAGUGAAUAAAACCUCUAAUUUAUCCAGUCCAAUGUUCCAGUCAUUUUUUGGUGACAAUCAAGAUUCUAACUGGGAUGCUGAUGUUCUGUCAGAGGAUAACGAUGUAGGGCAAAACAUAUGCAAGAAAAAUUCUCAGGAAGCAUCUCCAAAUUCAAAUAAUAAAAGAUCACAUGAUAUAGAUGAUGAAGAUGAACAUUCGUCUAAGAGGAUGUCCUGUGCUAGUAGUCCAGGACUUCAUCCCAAUUCUAUAAAUACUAGGAAUUGUCAAGAAGGAAAUAAUCUUUCUCAUUCCUCACCAUGUAUUGAAAGAGAUGUAAAUCCUCUUUCAAUAUCUUUACCAGUUGAAGAGGAUGAAUUGUUUUUACAUAUUUCUAACACAAAUCCAUUAUCUCAUUUAAGUGUAGAAGACAAAACUGCACUUGAUUCUAUUGUGGACACACCAGAUUUGGUCAUUUCAUCAUCUGUCAUAAAUGAUGAUCAUCUGCAAUCUGGUAUACUGCCUGCCAAGAACUCUCUUUCAUUACAAGGAUCCCCUGUUUUGAUGGGAAGUAUUCCAAGCAGAAAAGAUAAAUAUAAUUUAGAUGAUGCAAGCAAAUCAGAUGCUGAAAAUUCUUCUCAGUCAGAAGAGGGACUGGAAGAUAUUCAAAUGGAGUUUGAAAACUCUAAUGACCAUAGUUUUAGUCAUUCUCCACUUGCCAAGUUGGAGUGUCAGUCAACCAGUGCUCCAUCAGCAAAUCAGAGUCUGUUUGAUAUAGUAGCAGCUGAUGCCCUUAGUUCAGUGAAAAGCUUGUUAACUUCAUUUAAAAAGAGAAUGUCAGAUACUCAUGAAGGCCGCAUGUCCUCUAGAAAUCUAACAAUAGAUAGUGAAUCCUCUAUUGUUGAAAGGGAGCAAGAAAGUAGUACCCCUGCAUGUUUAAAUAGCCUGCAACUAAGUCCAAGUUGUAACAUAUCCAGUUGUUCUCAACAACCCCCUGGUGAUGAAGGUGAUGAGAUGAUUUCAAGUUUUAUGGUUAAGGAUAAGGCGCAAAAUUCUCAUUCAUUAAUGGUCACUGAAAAUCCAGAGGAAAGUUCCAGUGGUCAAGCUGUAAUGAACAUUUCUUCAAACAGUAUACCAGACCAUGCUCAGCCGCUGAUAUUGGAACCCACAGACUCAAGCAAAGAUCACAGAGCCAUUGUAGAUAUGAAUCCACCAUCAGCUAUUCGGCCAUCGGCAGAAGAGGCAAAGAAAAAUAAUCAGACACUUUUACAAGGGGAUCAGAAAGGGUGUCUAGAGGAAAACCUAAAUUUUGAACUGGUGCCCAAAAGGUCUGAUGAAUGCAAAUGUUGCCACAUAUGUCAUAAUUCAGAAUUGGAGGGAGACUUAUUUUUACCAGCUUCAAGCAAGGAUAAGCAGUGGCUUGUAACUGGUGUAGCAGAAGGUGUUAGGUACCUCACAUUACAACACAGCAACUUAGAAUUGGAACUGAAUGUGUCACAGAUUGACAACCACUGGUCAGUUACAACAGCAUCUUGGAAACCACAAGCCUCAGAUAUAAAAGAUAAAAUUGGUCAACUAGUCAUGCAGUUACUUCAGUGUCGUAUCAAGGCAGCCAUUUUACAGUUGUAUGGUAGGACACUGUGUGAGAUAGCAGAGGGGCUCGACAAAGUUGUAUCUGCAUAUCAAGAUAUAACUAAGCUAGCACUUGAAUUGUUCCUGGUGAAGGCAGCCUAUCUCACCGAAUUCAGUAGAGACAGCAUAAAGGUCAACCUCUUCAGCAGUUUUCAUCAUGUAAAUGCUUAUGUAACCAUUGGCCUAAGACCACCAGAGCCAACACCUGACAAGCCAUGUGCCUAUAUACCUUCAGCUAAAGUUACUAUUGGGAACCUCAGAAGUCAGACUAUUGAAAAAGCAAUGGCAGAUGUGGUUGAUGGCCCAAGAUAUAUCUGGAGGCUAGUUAAGGCGGCAGACAUGGUUGUUCAAGGGAUGAUGUGAUCAUGCAAGUGAAGCCUUGAGGAAAGUUAACUGCUGAUAUUGAUUUAUGUUUUCACAUGUGAAAUGUGCAGUACAAUUAUUUUUAUGUUGAAUGAAGGUUCAUUCAACCAGUGUUGUAUAAAUAGGAUAUCAGGCAGAAUUUUAUUUACUGUUUGGCUAACAGAUGUAUAGUUUAACAAUCCUUGUAUGUAGAGGGUUCAAGUUUUAGGUACACGUUUACCUUAUACUUUUGGCAGUAGUAUGUAAUGUUUGUAGUGUAAUGUUUAUAUUUUUUUUAUCAUUCAGCUUAUUUUUAAAGCACUUUAGAUAUACUGGAAUCAGUGAUUUCCUUUUGAAUUAUCUAUUUUUUGUAAUGUUGGUCAUGUAUAAAAGACUUAUCAAAGACAGA